UCGUGGGCUAUCAGAAUCAGUAGAAGUUUCACUGAUUUGAAUCCCUAAACCUAGAAAUUCCUGUAGUCAGGGAGGAGGGAUGGUGUGCAUAAGGAAGGCGACGAUGGAGGACCUGCUGGCGAUGCAGGCCUGCAACCUGCUAUGUCUGCCGGAGAACUACCAGAUGAAGUAUUAUCUCUACCACAUACUCUCCUGGCCCCAGCUCCUCUACGUCGCCGAGGACUACAAUGGCCGUAUCGUCGGUUACGUCCUGGCCAAGAUGGAGGAGGAGUCCAACGAGUGUCACGGCCAUAUUACCUCCCUCGCCGUCCUCCGCACACACCGCAAACUUGGCAUUGCCACCAAGCUCAUGACCGCCGCCCAAGCAGCCAUGGAGCAGGUGUUUGGAGCAGAGUAUGUGUCACUUCAUGUGAGGAAGAGUAAUCGUGCUGCGUAUAAUCUGUACAAUGGAACAUUGGGUUACAAGAUUAAUGAUGUAGAGGCAAAGUAUUAUGCCGAUGGAGAGGAUGCAUAUGAUAUGAGGAAGCAGUUGAAAGGGAAGCAGAAUCAUCAUCAUGGACAUCAUCAUCACCAUCAUCAUCAUCAUCAUCAGCAUGGUGGUGGUUGUUGCUCGGGUGAGCCAAGGAGUUCAGAACCGAGAGGGGAGGCAAAAUCAGACUCCAAAGACAUGACAAAAUCAGAGUCAAAAUCUGCCGGUUGAUGCUUUAAACAUAAUAGCUCUUUUGCAUACUUGGACCAGUGACUGGUACUACCCGUAAAAGGAGAUUAUGGAAAGCUGCCAGGAAGAGUAUUUGCUGCAGAUGGUAAGACCUUCAAAGAAAAAUAAGAGAUGGUAGGCAUUAUGGAUCUGUAAUAUAGCCUUAUAUAUUUGCCGGUUAUAUGUUAGUACAUUUCUUUUGGAUCUUCUUAAGAGUUCCUUACUAUUUUUGUGUAUUUAACUUUUAAAGCCCAUAUACAUAAUGAUUGGUAGGCGACUGAACUGUGAAACUAUUUUAGGGUUCUAACCCACCAGAAGAAUCUCACAUGUUCAAAAGAUGAGAUGAACUAUAAUCAUAAUUGAAUUGAUAUUAUUAUUAUGUUGUUCCA